AUGUCAAUCGAAAUCCCAGAGCCCAACGGUUCUUUGAUGUUGGCUUGGCAAGUAAGAAAUCGUCAUGUACUUCUUGUGGGUGGAGGAGCAGUUGCCCUUUCUCGAAUUGAACUACUUCUUCAAGCCGAUGCAAAAGUUACAGUGGUUGCUCCCAAGAUAGAUCCUACCAUUGAACAGUAUGAAAAAUUGGGGUUAUUAUACAAAGUUCAUAGAAGAAAGUUCCUCAAAGAUGAUUUGAAAAUGUAUGAAGGUGAAGCGUCCAGAAAGCUGGACCAAUUUUCUGGUGUAGACCAUUUUGGGCCCGAAGAGAUGGAGCAAAUAGAACAGGCAGUUAAGCAGGAACAAUUUGCAUUGGUUCUAACCGCAAUAGAUGAUAAAAAUCUUUCCAAGCAAAUAUACUAUUGGUGUAAAGCUGGGCGAAUGCAAGUAAACAUCGCCGACAAACCCAAACAAUGUGAUUUCUACUUUGGGUCAGUAGUAAGACAGGGGAGUAUACAAAUUAUGAUUAGUUCAAACGGAAAGUCUCCAAGAUUGUGUCAUAAACUUAAGCACGAUAAGCUGGAACCUCUACUUGCCAGCUUGGAUGCAAAAACUGCAGUGGACAAUUUGGGGAAAAUGCGUGGAGAAUUAAGGCAUAGGGUAGCUCCAGGAGAGGAUACUCCCACCAUCAAAGAACGAAUGGCUUGGAACACUCAGGUGACUGACCUGUUUACAAUUGAAGAAUGGGGCCAAUUUGACGACACAGCACUGAAUAGGCUUCUGAGUUUUUACCCCAAAGUACCUCAACGUCAGGACAUAAUAGUCGUUCCGCUAGAGAACUUUUAG